AUGGAUGACAAUAGGAAUGAUAGCGAUGAUGAAGAGUUGGAGACAAUUGCCAUAUUUGCAGGGUCAGUAUUUUACUUCACCGAGUUUGAUCCGUUGUUUCAAGAACAUUUGCCAUGUUGGUCAUCCUCACUUACAGGCCACAAAUACAUUACCGAUCUGAUAAAGGGGAAUCCUGCAAAAACCAUGGCAAUUUUGAGGAUGCAAAAAGGUGUGUUUGUCGAUUUAUGCAACGAGUUAACGACAAAAUAUGGAUUGGUUACUACACGUGAGCUGGGGGCGAAGGAGAUAGUCGCAAUAUUUGUUUAUAUUGUCGCACAAGGUGUUGGUAAUAGAACAAUGCAGGAUCGUUUUCAACACUCUGGUGAAACAAUUCAUAGGCAUUUUCACAAUGUACUAGAAAGCCUAUAUCGCAUGUCGAAAGAUAUUAUCAAGCCACGUGAUCCCGAAUUCAAAGAUAUUCCUAAGAAAAUAUAUGACGAUCAAAGGUAUUGGCCAUUCUUUAGAGAUUGCAUCGGCGCCAUUGAUGGUACACAUAUACCUGCAGUUAUUCCACAGGACGCACGAGUGCCAUAUAUUGGAAGGAAAGGGGUGACUACUCAGAAUGUGAUGGUUGUUUGUGACUUCGAUAUGCUGUUCACAUUUGUAUGCGCCGGAUGGGAAGGUUCUGCACAUGAUUCUCGUAUAUUUCACGAGAUUCUUGGAAAUGAUAAUAAUAAUUUCCCUCAGCCUCCUCAAGGUAAAUAUUAUUUGGUCGAUGCCGGUUAUCCUAAUCAACGGGGAUAUCUUGCACCAUAUAAAGGACAAAGGUAUCACCUUGAAGUUUUUCAAAAUGGUCAGGAGCCUCAAGGUCCCCGUGAGGCAUUCAACCGUGCUCAUUCGUCUCUUAGGAGUGUUAUUGAGCGGACUUUUGGGGUUUUAAAAAAAAAGUGGUUGAUAUUAUCACGAAUGCCAUCAUAUUCGUUUGAAACUCAAGUGAAGAUUGUAGUGGCUUGUAUGGCGCUACAUAAUUUCGUACGCUUGCACAAGCUUGAGGAUGAAGAUUUUACUACGUACAAUGACGAAUCGGUCAACGUCAAUGCUACUUAUGGCUAUGCAAAUGAGGUCGACGUCGGGGUAUUAGAAGAUAUUGAAAUGACGACUUUACGAGAUAUGAUUGCAGCAGAAUUAUUUGAAAUAUAA